AUGUCGGACAGAGGACAAGAAGACCUCAUUCUUUCCUAUGAGCCUGUAACAAGGCAGGAAAUAAACUAUACCCGGCCAGUGAUUAUCCUAGGCCCCAUGAAGGAUCGAAUCAAUGAUGACUUGAUAUCUGAAUUUCCUGAUAAAUUUGGCUCCUGUGUGCCUCACACUACGAGGCCAAAACGUGACUAUGAAGUGGAUGGAAGAGACUAUCACUUUGUCAUUUCCAGAGAACAAAUGGAGAAAGAUAUCCAAGAGCACAAGUUUAUAGAAGCCGGCCAGUACAAUGACAAUUUGUAUGGAACCAGUGUGCAGUCUGUGAGAUUUGUAGCAGAAAGGGGCAAGCACUGUAUACUUGAUGUAUCAGGAAAUGCCAUCAAGCGAUUACAAGUUGCCCAGCUCUAUCCCAUCGCCAUCUUCAUAAAGCCCAAAUCUCUGGAACCUCUGAUGGAGAUGAAUAAGCGUCUAACAGAGGAACAAGCCAAGAAAACCUACGAUCGAGCAAUUAAACUAGAACAAGAAUUUGGAGAAUAUUUUACAGCUAUUGUCCAAGGAGACACCUUAGAGGAUAUAUAUAACCAAUGCAAGCUUGUCAUUGAAGAGCAGUCUGGGCCUUUCAUCUGGAUUCCCUCAAAGGAAAAGUUAUAAACUAGCUACUGCGCCUCUGACAACGACAGAAGAGCAUUUAGAAGAACAAAAUAUAUAUAAUAUUCUACUUGGAGGCUUUUAUGUUUUUGUUGCAUUUAUGUUUUUGCAGUCAAUGUGAAUUCUUAUGAAUGUACAACACAAACUGUGUGAAGCCAUGAAGGAAGCGGAGGGGCCAAAUGGUAGGACAGAAAAGACAUUGCAGUAUGCAGGAAGGCUUUGGUUUGUUCAGAGUACCAGGUGUAGGGAUGAACCUCUGACAGGCUUUCUGCCCAGAAGACGGGCAGCCUCCUCACCCCGGCAGAUGUCCAGAGCUGAUUUAGCUGCUGAGCUCUCUGUGUUUUUUUGCUUUAAAAGAAAAGUUGGCAGCACUCGAACCUCACCAACCUUCCCAUUACCCACAUCUGUAAUUGGUACACUUCGAAUUUUAUAACUAUGCACAUCCUUUGAUUUCUUAACAAGCAAAGAAAAUAAAGAAGGGAAAAAGAAAGGAGUCCCUUUGGAGAUGGCAUACUAUCAGGGAAGGAUAAUUGUGUAGUUUCUUUGACUGGCAUCUGCAAAGAUGAGCAUUUCAUAAAAUUCACAAGUGUAUUGAGGACUAACCUUACUGAGAGGAGGGGAUUCCACCUGGGAUUAGCUUUAUGAUUGUUGAUUGUCUAUUUUGCCAUUUAUAAACUGAAAGAAGGCACUAAAGAUGAGAAUAAUUUAUACAAUAAAAAUAUAUUAAAUGUAUAGACAUGAAUUUCUAUAGGUUAAAAAAGUUUUGUGAACUAUUUUGUAAAGACUAAUUAAUUGAAAGACGAAAUGUAUGCACUAUCAGCAAGUGAUCAAAUUCCAAGAACUGAAAGUUGCACUCUCCCUUUCAUUGCCAAUGACGCAUUCAGAGCAUCUGAGUUCCUUCCAAGUCUGACAAAGACUUCUGCCUCAUGUACCUCCCAUGAUCUCCCUUGCACACUAGUGAUACACUCUUAUGGAGCACAUUUCUUAAUGAGUUGCCCUCGUGGAUAUUUUUGGAGGACAUUUGGGAAAUACAGUUUUCAGCUGAUGGCUUUUAGAAACAAACUCAUGCAAAUGAUCUCAAGCUUUUCUCUAGUUAAAUAACCUGGGCCUACCAUGCAAAUAGUUGAAUAACUUGCCUCCAAUUCCUAAAGUACCAUUCUGGCCAACCAUGGUUAUUCUCUUUUUGUUUCACAGAGUGACUGAGAGUUUUCUAACAGUCUGAGUUGGUAUUACAUGGGGAGAUCUGUCCUGAGACGCACUAUUUCUUUGAGGAAGAAAGAGAAGUAUGUGGUUGUGUUGGGGGGGGUGAGGGGUGCAGAUCUUUUGUUUCAGUAUAUAGGGCAAAGAGAUAGAAUCACAAAGAAAGAUGAUUUAUGACUUCAAGCUCAACCAAACUACCUUCCUUGGGGCUGCACCUGGACCAAGUUUAUUUUAUAACAAUUAUAAUAAUGAUGACUUUAAAAAAGAAACCUCCCAAAGCCUAUAAACUGAAAUAGAAGAGUUUCCCACUUUAGAGCUGAUGGUGACAUCAUCAUUGGUUUUUCCCAAGGUGUUUAGAGAGAGACCUUCCAGUGGUAUUAAUAACCACUCAACUCUGGGCUCUGUACAUUCCCAGAUUAAGCCCCAUUGCCUUAUUUCUGGGGUACAUCAAGACCUGGCAGGAUUCUGCCACACUGUGCAGCAAACCAGCAUGUAGGCUGGGGUGGGAGAGCAAAAGAUAGUCAUCAGAAUGAUGGGGCUUCUUCACAGUAAACACAUCAUAGCUCAAAAAUGAGAGUCUCUUUCCAAAAACAGAUGGUCGUUCAUCUUACACUAAAUACCAUUUUCUGCCUAGUUGCAGUCACCAAAA